AAAAAUGCUUACUCAUAAUAAACCCUUUUGAUUAUUUUCAUUAUAAUUCUUGUGCCCUGUGUGAUUUUUGAGAAGCAAAUCGAUCAAGCUUGAAGGGAUACAAAAAUGAGUGAGGAAGAAAUAGAUUAUUCUGCCAUUGAUUCAAGGCUUUCCUUCCCUUGACGUGACAUUUAGGAGAACUGGAUGUCACAAUGCCACAAAAUGUCCUCCCCCUUCCUCCUUCCUCUGUGUGUCGCCAUUGAAGACUGUACAGGGAAUUCAAUUGCACUGAACUCCAUGAAUACCAAUUGAGUUGGAUGCUUGGAUAAAAAUGGCUGUUCAAAACUCUCUCCAAAUAACUAGAAGUGGUAGUGGUGGUUAUGACGAUGACGGGCGUGCUAAAAGGACUGGAACUUUAUGGAGUGCUGUGGCUCAUAUCAUCACAGCCAUUAUCGGUGCUGGUGUUCUGUCUUUAGCUUGGAGUACUUCCCAAUUGGGAUGGAUUGCAGGACCAGUUUGCUUGCUUUUUUGUGCAAUUGUCACCUAUGUUUCUUCAUUCCUCCUUUCCGAUUGUUACAGAACUCUGGAUCCUGUAACUGUGAAAAGAAACUACUCUUACAUGGAUGCUGUUAGAGUCUAUCUUGGCAAUAAGAGGACAUGGUUGGCUGGUUCCCUUCAAUAUUUGAGCUUGUAUGGGGUUAGUACUGCUUAUGUAAUUACCACAGCAACCUGUUUGAGAGCCAUAUUGAAAUCAAAUUGUUAUCACAAGGAAGGGCAUCAGGCUCCUUGUAAAUAUGGGGAUGUAGUAUAUAUGAUGCUGUUUGGACUAGUUCAGGUCAUAAUGUCAUUCAUACCAGAUCUCCACAACAUGGCAUGGGUUUCAAUUGUUGCGGCCAUAAUGUCCUUUACAUACUCAUCUAUUGGACUUGGACUUGGAAUCACAACAGUCAUAGAAAAUGGAAGAAUUAUGGGUAGUUUAACAGGAGUACCGGCUUCAAAUAUUGCUGACAAGUUAUGGUUAGUCUUCCAAGCAAUUGGUGAUAUUGCCUUUGCCUAUCCAUACACAGUCAUCCUCCUUGAGAUACAGGACACUCUAGAGUCUCCUCCACCAGAAAACAAGACCAUGAAAAAGGCCUCCAUGAUUGCUAUCCUCAUUACAACAUUCUUCUACCUCUGUUGCGGAUGCUUUGGAUAUGCAGCUUUUGGAAAUCAAACACCAGGGAACCUCUUGACAGGGUUUGGAUUUUACGAGCCUUACUGGCUCAUUGACUUUGCGAAUGCUUGCAUUGUUCUUCACUUGGUAGGAGGAUAUCAGAUUUACAGUCAGCCGAUCUAUGGAGCUGUUGACAGAUGGUGUUCAAAAAGAUACCCCAACAGUGGAUUUGUGAAUAAUUUCUACCAAUUGAAACUGCCUCGGUUGCCAGCUUUUCAGCUAAACAUGUUCAGGAUAUGUUUUAGAACAACCUAUGUGGUUUCCACGACUGGACUCGCUAUCCUAUUUCCUUACUUCAAUCAAGUUAUAGGAGUGUUAGGAGCCUUAGGCUUUUGGCCAUUGGCUAUAUAUUUCCCUGUAGAGAUGUACUUUGUGCAGAGGAAAAUUGAAGCUUGGUCUAGAAAAUGGAUUGUCCUUAGGACCUUCAGCUUUAUUUGCUUUCUGGUGUCAUUAGUGGCCCUCAUUGGAUCACUUGAAGGAAUCAUAAGUGAGAAACUAAGCUAAUGAAGGGUGCUUCAUUUGUUUGAGUUUAUUGUCUUGUUGCCAUAUCUUCCAUGUAAUUCAGUUUCGCAUUAAUUCUAUUACUAUUUACUAUUGAGAGUUAAUAAAGGGGAUAACAAUUAUGUGGGGA